UCGAAUUGUAACCACCGUAAACAAUCGAUGAUAUCAUACUUUGUUUUAUUUACUCAAAAAGAAAGUUGUAAAAAUGUGUUUUACUUGAAAAAAGACAACACUCCAAAAUUCUAAAAAUCCAACGCAACUCCCUCGAUAUCUUCUCUGAUUUAGCAUUAGCAUUAGCAUCGUCAGACAUCAGGUGGUGAAGAUGGUGCCCAGAUGUGCCGUUUCAGCGAAUGAUGUUCAGUUCUUCUCUGGUAUUCAACACCUUGCUGAAACUCAUCGUUUCAAGGCAUGGUUUCUAGAUCAGUUCGGAGUUCUUCAUGAUGGGAAAAGGCCAUACCCAGGUGCUAUUUCAACAUUGGAAACCCUAGCAAAAACUGGGACUAAGAUGGUGAUUAUAAGUAACUCCUCAAGACGAGCAUCUGUAACAACCGAGAAAAUGAGAAAUUUGGGAUUUGAUCCUUCUCUCUUUUUAGGCUCUAUCACCAGUGGGGAAUUGACGCAUCAAUACCUUGAAAGGCGAGAUGAUGCUUGGUUUGCAGCACUCGGAAGGUCAUGCAUCCACUUGACCUGGAGUGACAGGGGUGCCAUAUCUCUUGAUGGUCUAGACCUGAAAGUUGUGGAUAAUGUUGAAGAAGCUGAAUUCAUCUUGGUUCAUGGCACUGAAGCACUGGGGCUUUCUUCUGGAUCUGCUGUUCCUAAGCAACUGGAAGAACUUGAAAAAAUAUUGGGAAAAUGUGCUUUAAGAAAAAUCCCUAUGGUGGUGGCCAAUCCAGACUAUGUAACUGUUGAGGCCAGAGCUCUACGAGUUAUGCCUGGAACACUCGCAGCAAAAUAUGAACUUCUUGGCGGGGAAGUCAAGUGGAUGGGAAAGCCUGGAAAGAUAAUCUAUGAAUCGGCAAUGGCAAUGGCUGGCGUAGAUGCAUCGGAAUGCAUUGCUGUAGGAGACUCGCUGCAUCACGACAUAAUAGGUGCAAAUUUAGCAGGAAUGCAGUCUGUAUUCAUAACAGGAGGCAUCCAUGCGAAUGAACUCGAACUUGAUCGUUUUGGCCAAGUAGCUGAAGCUUCUAAAGUACAAGACCUUGUGUCCAAAUGUGGUGCUUAUCCCACCUAUGUCGUUCCUGCUUUCACGUGGUAAAGAGUACAACGGAGAAGAAUAUAUUCAUCCCUCUUCUUAGAUAUAUCGAUCCAAGAUAUUGAUCAUGAAAAGUUCUACCAGAACCUAAUGUAUACUUUGGCUAAGUUUAAAAAGACCAUGUUCAUUGUGAAUUGUGAUAGUGAAGUUCAGACAUAUUCUUAAAUUCCUUCGUUUGUCAUUUCCCGAUGAUGGGUAUGGGGGAAAAUGUCUGAUUUUUCACUGUUUGCUCUUGUAACAGUUCCAUUUGGACAAAAUAGUUGGGAACCUUUUCAUGUCUGAAUUUUGGAGUAAUUCAUUAAAGUCUUAAAGAUACCUUCGGUAAUAA